AUGAUUAUGGUUACUGAGGAAGAGAUUAGAUCAAAGAUCAAUAGUAGUAUAUCGAAUGUGUAUAACAUUAUAGUGACGGAUUUGUCGUAUGGAUGCGGUAAAUCGUUUGACGUCGUAGUUGUAAGCGAUGUAUUCGAAGGUAAGAAUAAGAUACAGAGAAGUAGAAUUGUGAACAAUUGUAUACGUGAGGAAAUGACGAGCAUUCAUGCUUUUAGUUGUAAAUGUUACACGGAAAAGGAGUGGUCAAAGAUUGUUGUAUAA